UAUUUCGGGUUCCACCGCUCAAGUGGCCGUGUCUUCGUAAACACUCCGCCUCGUCUAUUUAGCUCGUCAGUGCGGGUGCAGAUCUGAACUGUGUCCUAGGACUAGCAGUGGGCUAGUGGCUGUCCAGCUUGUCGUGCGUGGACUCGUAGCAUCGGAAUUUGGAAAAUGGGCCUGAGCAUCCCAGCCAGCGAGCCGAAGCACCGGCGGCACCGUCAAGAAGGGUGCGAGGCCGACGACGACGGCGCGGAGUCGCCGGCGAUCGCCGCCCUGUACCUGUACGGGGACGUGCUCGAGUCGGUGGUGGAGCGCGUGCCGGCGCCCGACCUCGCCGCCGCGGCGGGGGUCUCGCGCGAGUGGCUCCGCGCGGUGCGGUCCGCGCUGCGCCGGCGCCCGCGGCGGCUGCCCUGGCUCGUGGUCCACCUCCACGGCCGCCGCCGCCGGACCGCGGCCUACGACCCGCACUCCGGCGCGUGGCUCACCGUGCAGGCCCCGCGCCACGCCACGCCCUCGCACGUGCGCCUCGUGCGAGGCGCGCGCGGCGACCGGGUGUGCGCGCUCUCCUGCUCCGGCCUCGACGUGGCCGGCGACCCUCUUGGGACGUCCGCGUGCGUCGCCAUGAAGGCUCCCGGCGUGUGGCGCGUCGACCCGGUGCUGGCCGCGGUGGGCGACCGCGUGGUCGCCCUCGGCGGCGCGUGCCAGCUUGCGCUCGCCGAGGGAGAGGACGCCGCCGCGGUGGAGGUCCACGAGGGCGGGAACUGGACGGCCUGCGAUCCGAUGCCGCCGGCGCUCCGCGAGUCCGCCGCGGCAACGUGGCUUUCGGUGGCCGCGACGGAUCACAGGGUGUACCUCGCGGACAGAACCAGCGGGUGUGCGAGCUGGUUCGAUCCGUCGAUGCGGCGGUGGGGCCCCACCCGUCGCCUCAAGCCAGACGCCGGCGUCUCGACGUGGGGCGUCGCGCCUGGUCGCGCCGGCGCCGAGCAGCUCGUCCUUUUCGGAGCGAAGCGCGAGGGCGAGGGAGCAAAGAACAAAGUCGUCAUCCAAGCAUGGGAGGUGGACGGCGACACUCUGGAUCUGUCCCCCGGCGCGGCCCACCACGCAAUGCCGAGCGAGAUGUCGGCGAGGCUUUUCCCGCACGACGAGGACGAGGAGGACGACGGGGAGACGUUCCCAUCGAUCGGGGUGUGCGGCAACGCCACCGGAGGGUACGUGUACAAUUCGGCCGAGCCAGCCAACGGCGCCGUGCUCUACGAGCUGCAGCAGGAGGGGACGGCGGGGGGCGCCGUGGAGCGGUGGGAGUGGGUGCCGUGCGCGCCCUCGGUGCGCGCUGAGCCGCUGGGCCGCGUCAUCCUCGCGUGCUCGCCGGUGGGGUUGAACGAGCUCGAGCUGUCGCGUGGACUACCACCUCUGGGCCCACAACGUGCAUGUACGGAUGUACAGUGAAAUACUCUCUCGGUUUUGUUGUUGUUGAAAUACUCCCUGAGUUCACAAAUACAAAUAUAAAGUGUUUUUCA